CCCUCCCCCUUGGCGGGCGCUCACAAGCCGGGCGGGUAGCGCGAGCCCCGGAGCCCCGGCGGCCUGUGCGCCCCGAGCCGGCAUGGACCCUGAGCGCUGCGCGCCUUUCUCUGUGGGGCCCGCACCCGGCCCUUAUGCGGCCGCAGGGGACGAGCCUCCAGGCCCCCAGGGAACUCCCGACGCUGCGCCUCACCUGCACCCCGUGCCACCCCGCGGCCCGCGGCUGUCCCGCUUUCCGGCCUGCGGGCCUCUGGAGCCCUACCUCCCAGAGCCCGCCAAGCCACCAGCCAAAUACCUGCAGGACCUCGGGCCCGGCCCCGCACUCAACGGCGGCCACUUCUACGAGGGCUCCGCGGAAGCUGAGAAGAAGGCCUCCAAAGCUGCCACCUUUCCCCAGCUGCCCUUGGACUGCCGAGGGGGCCCCAGAGACGGGCCCUCUAACUUGCAAGACUCCCAGGGCCCCUGCCUGGCCAGCCUGCGUGUCCCUCUUUCCCCAGGACUCCCAGACUCCAUGGAGUUGGCCAAGAACAAGAGCAAGAAGCGCCGGAAUCGCACGACCUUCAGCACAUUCCAGCUGGAAGAGUUAGAGAAAGUCUUCCAGAAAACCCACUACCCUGAUGUGUACGCCCGGGAGCAGCUGGCUCUGCGCACAGACCUGACUGAGGCCCGGGUACAGGUCUGGUUCCAGAACCGCAGAGCCAAGUGGCGGAAACGUGAGCGUUUUGGGAAGAUGCAGGAGGGGAGGAACCCCUUCGCUGCUGCCUGUGACAUAUCUGUGCUGCCCCGCACUGACAGCCACCCCCAGCAGCAGAACUCGCUGUGGCCCAGUCCAGGGUCUGGGAGCCCAGGGGGCCCCUGCCUUGUGUCUCCAGAGGGCAUCCCCUCUCCAUGCAUGUCUCCAUACGCCCACUCCCAUGGGAAUGUGUCUGGCUUCAUGGGGGUGCCAGCCUCUCCCGCAGCCCAUCCGGGCAUCUACUCCAUCCACAGUUUUCCUCCUGCCCUGGGGGGUCACAGCUUCGAGCCCUCCCCAGAUGGUGACUGUAAGUCUCCAAGCCUCGUCUCCCUCAGGGUGAAGCCCAAGGAGCCUCCCGGCCUGCUGAACUGGACCACGUGAUGGGUCACAUGGACACACAGACUGAGCUGCCUACCCCUUUCAAUUUCCAGCUGCUCCCAGCCCACCUUUGCCAGACUCCAAAGAGCAUACAUCUCUGCCUCCAAGCCCCCUGGGUGGGGGAUUCCAGAGGCCUGGAGGAACAGCUGGGACCCUCAACCAGGGAAUGUACUACAGGGUCCCUUCUUUUAGAAUAGGUGGGGCUGCCUAGAAGAAAGGGGACUUCAAAACAAGCAGGACUCUUCCUGCCACAAACUGAGCUCCCUCACUCAAACUGGGCUGGGGAGGGGAGACACUGCUCUGCUCCUCUAGACUUUGUCCAAGUCCAGCUGUCCUCUCUUCUUUGGCUGAACCAGCUUAGCUGGCCUCUUAUUCAGGGAGCUCAGGA